CAGCGAUACUCUGUGAGCCCUGUCUUCUUGCUGAUUCCCCGAGUCUCCAAUAUGUUUUUUGCCACGGCCCAAGCGGUAGCGUUGAACAGAGGCAGUCCCGUCGUUGCGUCUUUCAAUGGCCCAAACGUUCGGAACACCUCAGAAACAAGUCCAUGAAGCUCCUCUGGUGGGGGGAUAAUGCGCUUGCAGUGCUUCCAAACCCAUGAUGCGUUCCAAAAUACAAGAUCAUCCCAAUGGCGAGGGGGAUUCUGUCGUGAGCCCCACUCGACGAUUUUUGCCUUGUCCUGUGGAUCAGGCAGGAAAAGAGCAUCGCGGAAUGCACGUGCGAACUCAGGUCGCAAAGAAUGUCCAGCAGAGAUGUAGAACAUGUUGAAAAGAUGGAAUGGAUCCUUGAGCACCCGGCUUCUAAUCUCUGUUCUCCAUUCUUUCCACUGGAUCACUUCGUUCAGGAUAGUAUUGCCCUGCGCUGCACUCUCAGCAUCGACAGCAUGUGAGUUCGGAUUGAAAGGAGCGCGCUCGAUUGAUUCCGAGGGCUUAUCGACCUCACGCAGCGUCUCAACGAGAUUUGACUGGCCCGCGGAAGCGCCCACAGCCUCAUCAGAGAGCUUGUUAGUGCCCAUGGGAGCGAUUGGCCGUGCAGAUGGAACCCGG